AGGGCACGGGCCGGGAGCGCCGCAGCCCGGGGCGGGGGCACGGCGACCGCUAGGCCAGGGGGCGCCCGCCCCCAGCGCCCCACGCCCGGUGCCAGCGAGCCGAGGCGUGCAUCUCCUUAUAUGGUCAAAUGACACGGAGGGGGUUCUCGAGGGCGGGAGCCGCGCAGCGCUCCACUCGGCCGGCAGCGGAGCCGCAGCCACCAGCCGCCCGCGCCCGCCCGCGCCGUCCGGGAGUCCCCGGGUCGCUGCGGCGCCGUGAGUACCUUCAGCUCCCUGCGCCCCAGAGGGAGGCCGAGGGGCUUAGCCACCAGGACUCGGAAGAGGGGGCCGAAUCCGGUGCGAGACCCGGGGAGAGGGGAGCAGAUCCGGAGUUGGGGAGACCGGGGCUGAGAACUGUGUCUUCCUGGAGACUAGGCUGGCAUUUUGACUUUGGGAUGGAGUCUUGCUCUGUCGCCCAGGCUGGAGUGUAGUGGCACGAUCUCAGCUCACUGCAAGCUCUGCCUCUGGGUUCACGCCAUUCUCCUGCCUCAGCCUCCCAAGUAGCUGGGACUACAGGUUGCUGAAAAGCCAGGUGUCAAAAUGACCGAGCGCUUUGACUGCCACCAUUGCAACGAAUCUCUCUUUGGCAAGAAGUACAUCCUGCGGGAGGAGAGCCCCUACUGCGUGGCGUGCUUCGAGACCCUCUUCGCCAACACCUGCGAGGAGUGUGGGAAGCCCAUCGGCUGUGACUGCAAGGACUUGUCCUACAAGGACCGGCACUGGCAUGAAGCCUGUUUCCACUGCUCGCAGUGCAGAAACUCACUGGUGGACAAGCCCUUUGCUGCCAAGGAGGACCAGCUGCUCUGUACGGACUGCUAUUCCAACGAGUACUCAUCCAAGUGCCAGGAAUGCAAGAAGACCAUCAUGCCAGGUACCCGCAAGAUGGAGUACAAGGGCAGCAGCUGGCAUGAGACCUGCUUCAUCUGCCACCGCUGCCAGCAGCCAAUUGGAACCAAGAGUUUCAUCCCCAAAGACAAUCAGAAUUUCUGUGUGCCCUGCUAUGAGAAACAACAUGCCAUGCAGUGCGUUCAGUGCAAAAAGCCCAUCACCACGGGAGGGGUCACUUACCGCGAGCAGCCCUGGCACAAGGAGUGCUUUGUGUGCACCGCCUGCAGGAAGCAGCUGUCUGGGCAGCGCUUCACGGCUCGCGAUGACUUUGCCUACUGCCUGAACUGCUUCUGUGACUUGUAUGCCAAGAAGUGUGCUGGGUGUACCAACCCCAUCAGCGGACUUGGCGGCACAAAAUACAUCUCCUUUGAGGAACGGCAGUGGCAUAACGACUGCUUUAACUGUAAGAAGUGCUCCCUCUCACUGGUGGGGCGUGGCUUCCUCACAGAGAGGGACGACAUCCUGUGCCCCGACUGUGGGAAAGACAUCUGAAGUCAACACGGAGAAGUUGCUGCUUGUGAUCUCACACACAGAUUUUUAUGUUUUCUUUCUCACCCAGGCAAUCUUGCCUUCUGGUUUCUUCCAGCCACAUCGAGACUUUCUUCUAGUGCUUCUCAGUGAUACUCACGUUUGCUUCAACCCUUUAGUGCUUUGUGCUAGUUCAGUCCCAGGGAAAGAGAAAACUCGCCCUAGGCCCUAGGUGGGAAGAUGGUUUGAAAUUUUUGUAAUCGAGUAAGGCACACCCAAAUGUAAAAAUCCUUUUGAAUGAUGUCUUUAUAAAUCUUUCUCUCACACCUAUUUAAGUGCAAUUAAUGUAUGCCACGAACUUGAAAGUUUUCUAAACUCAGUAAGGUAAUGACCAAUUGGUAUUUACAGCUCUGUAGCUUCCUGUUGUGUCAAGUCUAAACCAAGAUUAUGUGACUUGCAAUAAAGUUAUUCAGAACAAAA